AUUUGGGGUGCGGGUUGGAAAGGUACCAGAUGGGGUGAAGUAAAGGAUGAGGUCGGAGGAUAGCUAGUCCUUCCAGCCCCACUUACUCACGGUGGCAGCGGCGACAGGCGACCCUCCAUUUUAUCUUAGCUCGGCAAAGAUCGAAAGCCAGGGUGGCCCGAGCAGCUCAGCUCGGGGCGAGGGGGAGGCCGGGGGGCCGAGGAGGCAGGAGGCCGGGACGAGUGCAAUAUUGGCGGGGGAAAGAACAACACUGCACCGCGUCCCGUCCCUCCCGCCCACCCGGGGCCGGAAUCCCGUUCUCUACCACCUGAAGCCGGCAGGGACCAGGGACCAGGGACGCUCUGGGUAGUUGGGUUCAUUUUAGAGACACGCCAGGGAUUUGGUGCCCGGAAGGGUGAAAGAGGUGGUAAAAAGGUGGUAAAGGGGAGGAGUGAAGAGAAGGGGAGACCGCAGAGCUCCGGAAGGCCUCUUUCCAACGCCGGAACGUUGCGCGCGCUUGCUCUUUAAAUACUCAGACUGAGAGGCGCGGAGCCGUUGCUAUGGUGACGCGUGUCCCAGCAACCAAACUGAAUGGGCGUUGCCUGGCAACUCUGGGAGUUGCGGUUCAGGGCCGCCCACCUAGAUACCCGUACUUUCCCUUGCCUGGAUUGCGCCUCCGCCCCGUGCCCGCCUCCGGGACUACGCACCUCACAAAGCUGGCUGGGAGGUGGGGCAGCACCCGGCGGGAGCGCUGGUCCCGCGCCUCCUGACCAGGCUUCCCUCCAUAACCGCGCCUCUGAAAUGUUUCUGAAGUGUUGGUUUCUAUUCUCUAUUCUUUGGGACUUAAGAAUGUUUGUCCACUGCAGUUGUAACUACUUCUGUUGGUUUACAGCACAACCCACGAUCCCAGGGUCCGGCCUGACACCCUCAGUUCAGGCGUCUUUGCCCCUAGCUAUUUAUGCCCUUCAAAAUACCUCUCCCACAUCACAUGGUUUUUGUUUUUUAUUUUGGUUUUUAAUUGUGUGUGUGUGUGUGUGUGUGUGUGUGUAUGUGUAUACACGCGCGCGCACAUGUGAGUACAAGUGCCCUGGAAAUUCAGAAGGGGGUGUCGAAUUCCCCUGGAGCUGGAGCUACCGAUGGUUGUGAGCCGCCAGAUGUGGGUGCUGGGAGCCCAACUCAGGUCAGGUCUUCUGCAAAAGCAUUACAUGCUCUUAACCACUGAGCUAUCUCUCCAGCCCCACUCACACAGGGUUUUACCCUCCAUCAUGUGCCUACCUGCUCCAAACAUCAUUCUUCCCCAAAUACCGCUCUGUGCUUCCAAAUUCCCUUGUUGCCUCACCUACUCUCUACCGCCUAAAUAUCCACCUGCCUGCGCAUAACCUGUCCCACUCCCCCUUCCACAUUCCGAUGUCCUCACCCACAGAACUUGAUGCCCCCUUCCACAUACCUCAGAACCUCACCAUUUACCCGCAGACACCAUCCCCAAGUUAGCCCAAACUACUGGCUCCUAGCCCCUCCACCGCACUGCGCGUUCCUCCCUGUCUGUCCAGGGCACUGGUUCUCGCCAAGGCCUUAACCAACCUCCUCAGGUUCCUCCCUAUCUGUCCCCACGCUUAUCUUCUCUCCACUCUGUCUCAGCCCGUCUCGGGUGAGGGUCGGCCAAGCGAGGUUCGCGGUUGACCACUAGAGGGCAGGCUUUCGCGGCCAGGGCCCGGCUAACUGCCACUCAAGGUGGAGGGUUGUUGGGAAGGAAGGACCUUAAGCUUCAGUGGAGCCCAAGUUUCGUCCUUCUUUUUAAGUGGAAAUUUCCCCUCUCCCCCUAUUCGGGAAAAAGCCAAAGAAGGACCCAAGCUACUGGAAAGUCCAGCAGGGGCGGAGACUGUGGGUUUCAGGGUAGAACUUCAUGUGGAACGGUUAGAAGGGUGGGGCUAUUCCGGGAAGUGUGGGGGAAGGGAGUCUAAAACUGGCCACUUGGCCACUUUUUGUCAAGCUCUCUUAUUUCUUCUCAGCCUGCCGAGUGAGGUUUCAAAGGACCCACGGAUAAUAGGGAAAGAGACUGGAAACCUAGGGGUGGGCUUCCUGGCCUUGCAGUCUAGGUCCUUUCUGUGCUCCCUUUCCUCGCUUUGGCUGUAGACCUGGGGCUAAAACCAGAGCCAGGGGGCCGCAGAUUCUCCCCUCAUCACCACAUACACACCUGGUGGAAUCAGGGAGUGGUUGGUAAAAGGGGGAGGCCAGUUGGAGAAUAAACAUGUUGUCAUAAGGUUGAGUGAUUGGAGCCCAAGUAUCAUACCCAGGGAAUGGUUGGGGAGGAGGAGGAAAAGAUAGGGGAGGGGGCGGAGUUUUGUUACCUGUCACCUGCUCUAGCUGUGCCUAGGGCGGUAGGGGGACUGGUAUAAAGCAGCAGGCACCAGUGCCAGGCCACUGCACAGGCAGCACCAGCUUAAGUCUGUUCUGCCCCCUUGUCGCCUGCCUGCUUGCCGCCAUCAUGACACCAGGCAUCCAGGCUUCUUUCUUCCUGCUGCUACUUCUAGUGUUUGUAACAGCCCACAGUGGCACCGCCACCCCUACCACCAGCUCUGCGACCGAAUCAGCCAUCCCUACCACCAGCUCUGCAACUGAAUCAGCCACCCCUCCGGCCCACGGUGGCACCGACACCCCUACCACCAGCUCUGCGUCAGAAUCAGCCACCCCUCCAGCCCACCGUGGCACCGACACCCCUACCACCAGCUCUGUGUCAGAAUCAGCCAUCCCUACCACCAGUUCUGCGUCGGAAUCAACCACCCCUACCACCAGCUCUGCGUUGGAAUCAGCCACCUCUCCAGCCCACCAUGGCACUGACACCCCUACCACCAGCUCUGCUACUGAAUCAGCCACCCCUCCGGCCCACCAUGGCACCGACACCCCUACCACCAGCUCUGAGUCAGAAUCAGCCACCCCUCCGGCCCACCGUGGCACCUACACCCCUACCACCAGCUCUGCGUUGGAAUCAGCCACCUCUCCAGCCCACCGUGGCACUGACACCCCUACCACCAGCUCUGCUACUGAAUCAGCCACCCCUCCGGCCCACCGUGGCUCCUACACCCCCACCACCACUCUGGGUCGGAAUCAGCCACCCCUCCGGCCCACCGUGGCUCCUACACCCCCACCACCAGCUCUGCGUUGUAAUCAGCCACCUCUCCAGCCCACCGUGGCACUGACACCCCUACCACCAGCUCUGGGUCGGAAUCAGCCACCCCUCCGGCCCACCGUGGCUCCUACACCCCCACCACCAGCUCUGCGUUGUAAUCAGCCACCUCUCCAGCCCACCGUGGCACUGACACCCCUACCACCAGCUCUGGGUCGGAAUCAGCCACCCCUCCGGCCCACCGUGGCUCCUACACCCCCACCACCAGCUCUGCGUUGUAAUCAGCCACCUCUCCAGCCCACCGUGGCACUGACACCCCUACCACCAGCUCUGGCCACCUCUCCAGCCCACCGUGGCACUGACACCCCUACCACCAGCUCUGCGUCGGAAUCAGCCACCCCUACUACCAGCUCUGUGACCGAAUCAGCCACCCCUCUGGCCCACCGUGGCACCGACAACCCUACCACCAGCUCUGAGAAGGAAUCAGCCACCACUCUGGUCCACAAUGGCAUUUCUGCAAUGGUUACUGAAACCCCAGGUGGUACUUCACUUCCCAGCCAAUGGUCUCCUACCGUGCUUGCUGGCAACAGCUCUGUUGCCAGUAGCACUCACCAUAGCACAGUAUUUCCCCCUACCUUCUCCAAUAAUAGUUCUUCUCCCCAGUUGUCUGUUGGGGUCUCUGUCUUCUUUUUGUCUUUUUAUAUUUGGAACCACCAGUUUAAUUCUUCCCUGGAAGAUCCCAGCACCAACUACUAUCAAGAACUGAAGAGGAACAUUUCUGGACUGUUUCUACAGAUUUUUAACCAUGAUUUUCUGGGGUUCUCUACUAUCAAGUUCAGGUCAGGCUCUGUGAUAGUACAAUCGACAGUGCUUUUCCGUGAGGGUGUCGUCAGUGCCUCUGAGGUGAAGUCACAACUUAUUCAGCAUCAAACGGAGGCAGCAGACUAUAAUCUGGCUAUCUCAAAAAUCAGUGUGAAUGAGAUGCUGUACCCUUCCUCUGCCCAAUCUGGGUCUGGGGUACCAGGCUGGGGUAUUGCCCUGCUAGUGCUGGUCUGUGUUUUGGUUGCACUGGCCAUCAUCUAUUUCAUUGCACUGGCUGUGUGUCAGUGCCGCCGAAAGAACUAUGGACAGCUGGACAUCUUUCCAACCCGGGACACCUACCAUCCUAUGAGUGAAUAUCCUACCUACCACACUCAUGGGCGCUAUGAGCCCCCUGGAAGUACCAAACGUAGCCCCUAUGAGGAGGUUUCUGCAGGUAACGGUGGCAGCAGCCUCUCUUACGCGAACCCAACAGUGGCAACCACUUCUGCCAACUUGUAGGGGUAUGUCACCAGCUCAGGGGUCAGUCUUCUCCCUCAGGUUCUUCACUGCCAGACGGACCCUCUGCACUCUGAUCUGGGCUGGUGAGCUGGAAGUUCAGGUGGGCUGCUCACUGCCUCUCUCAGAGGGUGUCAAGCGCCUCAACCUUAACCUGGUGAAGCCCAGCCUUGCCAAGGGGGAUACACUGGUGCAUUGGUGGCUCCCAGAAAGACUAGAAGGCCUAGAAAUGUGGGUGGGAACCCAAACGUGGCUGAAUAAAAG